GUGAGAACUGUGAUUGAUCACAGCUUGUCACAUGGUUCAAGGCUUUUGUGAAUAGCCUUGUACCAUGGGACCUCUGUGAUCAUUCACAGAAUUCACAAGUAGUAGGCAAUGAUGUCAGGAAGUGACAUCUUGCUUACUACUAUUCAUGUGAUCCCUGAUUGGCCAAUCAGUGAUCACAUGAAUCGGGACCUCACACAGAGGUCCUUCACAGAUUACUGCAAUAAUGAAUCUUUGCUUGUCAAUGGCAGGGAACAAUAGAUCACUAUAAUAAGGCUGGUCAUACACCAUGCAAUUUGCUGUCCAAUUUCUGCCCAAUUUCCUUUAGAUUUACCUUCAACUAUGUAGUACAAGAACCUGCCUAA